AUGGGGAAACAUCUCUCGCUAGUGCUCACGGCGCUGUCCAGCGUCGCUGUAGGCUAUGCUCAUUCACUUUCGCAUGGCAAAUUUCAUGGCUCCAAUCAUCACACUGGUAGCCAUGUUGGGACACGCUCAGCCGAGUCCAGCAGCGUGGACUUUGCAGGUGUGACAAUGUUCCCCAAUGGCACCUUAUCCGGGAUGGGACUAUCUGAUGCCUGUGAGAACGCACUCUACGGAACCGUGAAUUGUGAUGAUAGCAUUUCGUCUCUUAUUACCGACGAUUAUAUCGGAAGCCUUGAAGACACAGCAACGACAGCUCUGCUUUGCGCAGCAAGCUGUGAGUCAUCCAUUGCGGAGCUGUAUGAUUCGGUCUCAACCAGCUGCGGGGACUCAGCUGAGCUGACACCUGGUAUCUCUUACUUGUCUCUGAUCAAUGAACUCUGGAGCAACUGGAACCAGUCUUGCUUUGUUGACCCAACAUCAGGUCAGAAUUGCAAUGAUGAGAUCGCGUCUUUUGACAACGUCACCUCCGUUACGAACAUUUCUACGACGGACUUGUGUUCCUAUUGCUAUGUCAAGAAACUUGAGAUGAUGCAAGAAAACGCCUAUUCAAGUGCCUAUGAUGAAAAUUGGCAAACUACGUAUGAAUAUGUUGCAGCUACCUGCAAUCUUACUGUGACCGACUUCAAUGCCACCACCAGUGCGUUCAAUGUAUCGGUGCCAACAACCGCUGCCACAUGUCUGUCCGGUAACAUGUACACCACUCAGAACGGUGAUACUUGUGACUCAAUUGCACUUGCCCAGGGUGUUUCAGCCGCAACCAUGUACUAUAUCAAUCCUAAUAUCCUGAAUUGCUCCGAUAUUAUCACCGGCACCAGCCUCUGUCUACCAUUGACAUGCACUGACAUCUAUUCAGUGGAGGCUAACGACACAUGCACCACCAUUGCCGUGGAGAACUAUAUCGCGUCUGCGGAUGUCAUGAAUUGGAACUCUCAAUUGAACGGCAACUGCUCCAACUUAGUCUUGCCGGACCCCUACUGGGGCUCUGUUCUAUGUGUAUCUCCUCCAGGGGGGACCUACACUGGCCAGGCGCUGAACACGAGCUCGUCCUCGAGCACUCCUAGUCCAGUGAGUCCACCCGCCGGUGUGACCGUAGCCAAUGGCACAACACUUGACUGUGGCGCGUGGUUCGUGAAUGAGGCGAGCUUAGGCUACAAUUGCUCAUCCAUCUGUCUUGCUAAUGAGAUCGCCAUUCAUCUCUUUGUCGAUGCCAACCCCUCACUUAAUUACACUACAUGUAACUCCGACCUUGUCACGGGGGAUGCUUACUGUGUUGACCCCUUAAGCGGUUGGGAGUACUACAAUUCUACAGCUACGAAUCCCACCACUGCCACAGCUGCUACAUCACCCGCCUGGCCUGUACAGACUGGCAUUUCGUCCAACUGCGAUGCUUACUAUGAAGCUCAAUCUGGUGACACGUGUGAAUCCAUCGCCAGUGAGUUUGGCAUCACAUCUGCGCAGUUCCUCGCUUGGAACCCGGCCAUCUCCUCAGAUUGUACAAGCGGCCUCUGGCUGGAAGAAGAUUACUGCGUGGGUGUAAAGACAAACGCCAGUUCUACUACCACUACCUCUUCCAGUACGAGUAGCAACGUGGCCACCAGUAGCAUCACUGUUUCCACCACUACUUCCUCAUCCGCAUCUGCAUCUGCAUCUGUGACACCACCGGCUCCCACUCAAUCAGGUAUUCCGAGCGACUGUUCCGAGUAUUACGUAGCUCAAUCGGGCGAUACAUGCGCCACUAUCGAAACGAAGUACGGUAUUUCCGCUACGCAAUUUCUCACGUGGAACCCGUCUGUUUCAUCAGAUUGUGAGACAGGCUUUUGGGCAGAUGAGGCCUACUGUGUUUCCAUAUCUUAG